AUGAAGUCACUGCUUGACGCCAAUCUGAAGACAAUGGAGCGCGUUGACGCCACUCGAGUGGCUACAGUUACGGACAUAAUGCGCGAAUUGGAGAAUCGCGCCAUUGGCGCUGGUACAGUAACGUUUGAUGGACUGGACGCUGCGCUAAAACGAUGCCUAGAUACUGCCGGUGUCACUGAACUCAUUAGCAAACUCAACGUUGCCCCAGGGGAUGCUUCUGUGGUGCCGGAAAUCCCUCCAGGCCAGCCUUCUACUCCUUGCUUCUUUUGGGAUGGCCGAUUCCGCCGCGUUCCGGCUGACUUCAAGCUCUGUGAGUGCUCCGUUGAAAAGCUGUGGGUGCUGUGGCAAUGUGGUAACACCAGCAAAAACAUACCACCUCCUCCGAGUGUUGGACGGCCGUGA